CAUUCCCCUUGCUCCUCAGAUCGCGUCAGAGGCAACAACCUCCGCUUACCUUAAGCCGCGGAAAACCACUGGUCUUCGAAAUCGCCUCUCUCAGGAUGGAUGUCCCAGAGUACACCGUCGUGCAGGGCCUACCUACGCCGCAGCAGUACCAUGACUUGCGGAAGCUGGCCAACCUCACCCCUCCAAACCGGACAAUGAUGCUGGAAGCGGUCCCGAAGGCCCUCGCCAACUCCUUUGCCUGCUUUCUCGCCUACGAACGCAAGUAUAUGUUGGACGAUACGACGCCUAGCCCUAACCAAGAACCGGUUGCGAUGGGCCGUUUACUCGGAGACGGAGCGCUCUUCCUCCAGCUCUGCGACGUCGCCGUGCAUCCCGGCCACCAAGGGAAGGGGAUCGGAAAGCGCAUCAUGCAGGCGCUGGUGGGCUAUAUCGACGAGAAUGCGCCUCACGCGUACGUGAGUCUGGUAGCAGAACCGCUGGGGCAAAUGCUGUAUCCUCGAUUCGGUUUCGAAGACGUGAAGCCGAGCAUCGGGAUGUUUCGAUGCACUCCGAUUCAGAGCAAUCCGGAUUUCAGGAAGCUGCGGGAGGAGAAGGCAGCGGGUAUGUUGCGGAGCACAGCGGUGCGGCCUGAGUGAAGGACGCAAUAUCUGCCCGUAGGGAUGUCUUUCUGCGGAUGGUGGCUGGUCAUGGCGUGAAGGGCCGUUGCGGGCCAGAAUUGGAUGACAGGGGUGACGCGGGGCGGGCGAUCUGUGCGUAACCAUACAUCACAUCACCGCUCGAAGCCGCCGCGAAAUCUCACGAGCUCGAGCACAGUAUAACUACUCCUUGACACCACUCUCGCUCC